CACCGGUCGCAACUCUUACUGGUCGCUUCCGGUGAGGAAACAUGGCCGCGGCCGUUCGGGACUCACGUGUGGGUGCAGGGAAAAAGCUGAAAAAUUCACUGAAGAAGAAGAAGAUGAAAAUGGUAGCCAGAGCAGUAUCUUCGGAGUUGGAAGAUGAGGGCAAAGACGCUGCCAACAGUGGAGGUUCUGUAAGAAGCUGUGGAUCAGAAAAGGAUGCCUUUUCUUCAGAUGAUGAAGCAGUGGAAGCUGACAAUGAAGAUGAAGUUGAACCGUGUGGCAAUGGAAAUGAACAUGCAGCUGAAGCUAGUGUUGGAACUAACGUGGGCUGGGCGGAUGCCAUGGCUAAAAUUCUUAACAAAAAAACUCCUAAAAGUAAACCCACUAUUCUGGUCAAAAACAGAGAGCUGGAAAAGGAAAAAGAAAAGUUAAAGCAAGAGAGACUAGAGAAGAGAAAACAGCUUGAUAAGAAGCGGGAAUGGGAAAUGAUGUGCAGAGUAAAGCCAGAUGUUGUCAAAGACAAAGAAACAGAGAGAAAUCUUCAGAGAAUUGCAACAAGAGGUGUGGUACAGUUAUUUAAUGCUGUUCAGAAGCACCAAAAGAACGUUGAUGAAAAGGUUAAAGAAGCUGGAAGCUCUAUCAGAAAACGUGCUAAGUUGAUAUCGACUGUUUCCAAGAAAGAUUUCAUCAGUGUUCUGAGAGGGAUGGAUGCAAGUACAAGUGAGAAAAGUUCGACUGGAAAGAACUUGAAAGCCAAACAGACUGAAAUGAAAUCAGAAGAGGGCCCUGGAUGGACAAUCUUACGUGAUGAUUUCAUGAUGGGAGCGUCCAUGAAAGACUGGGACAAAGAAAGUGAUGGUGCGGAUAACAGUGAGCCAGGGUCUGGGAGCAACUCGGAUACAUAAGAUUGUAGAGGAAACACAGCAUACAAUCAUUCUAUUUUUCCUAGAAAAAUACUUUGUGCUUUCAAAGGUCUGUGGCUCUGAAGCUAUCAUUUGUAGAAAGCCAAAAGACUUUUACUAUUACCAACUUUGGUGUUUUCUCUUUUCAUGAAAACUUUGUUAAAUUAGGUUUCUUAAACCUUGUAUAAUUUUAAGCAUUGUUUCUCAGACAUUUGUAAAAAGAAGUAUUUCUGCUUAACCAGCGAGAUGCACAUUUUGCCUGGAUCAUUAUAAGUUUACAUAUUGGUCAUGGAUAUUGGUAUUUUGUUUUAGUAUCACCAGUUUCUAGAAGUGCAGUGCUUUUCAUAAUUAAAAUGAACUCCUUGAAGUUAAUAUUUUUCAGCUUUCCAACUUACUGGUCCUAUGUGUUUGUGCUUUUGUGAGGGGAAUUUUUGGUAUUUGUUUUGGUGAGCUAUUGAGAAACCUAUGAAGUGAAAUUUAAAAUGAUAGUAUUUCUGAUUCAGGGUGAUAAUUUCAUUUUUAGAACUCCUGGUAAAUAAGAUUUAAGAAACACACCAAAUCUCUACUUUUCUAUUAUGUCCUUUUAUAUACUAAAACAUAUAUAAGUGUUACGUUAUUUUUGUAUGAGAAAUUUACUGAGGUAGAAAUUCUCAUGUUUAACUUAUGCAGUGAGGCAUAAUUUCUUAGAAAGCAUAUUUGACAUGUUUUAGGCUCUCCCCUCCCCCAGCUUUUCCCUAAUAUUUGAGUUAGCUUAAAUUCUCUUUUAUGGUUUGACUGGCCAGUGAAGUGAUAGAGUUAGACUGCAGGUAGUCUGCAUCAGAAUACUCCCAUCUGUUUGUAGAUUUGGUUCCUUAUUGUUCCCUUAAAGAUGAUUAAAUUGGGUGACUUAGUAUCUAGAUGUUAAACAAAAAGAAGUAAGACUGUUGAAUAUAAUUCCAAAAUUUCUUUGCGAAUAGGUCUAAGAUCUAAAGUUUAUAAAGGAAUUGUUUAAUAAAUGUGAUCUGUUCCUUUUAAAAAAGGGAUCCAUUCCUUUUCCCAUCUUUCCAUAAUAAAAAUCAUUCCCUUCUACUACUCAUUUGCACAUACUUGCAUCCUCCCCUCAAGCUUAUGCUGGAGCAGAGAUGUUUAUAUUUUCAAACCCAUUUGAGUGUUAACAAGUAUUACAUAUCCAAGGUUAAAUUAGUCCAUGGCCUGGUAUUUGUUAUCAUAAAGGAAGAUGCACACCUAAGAUAUCAAGUGAUAUAUUUUUGUAUUUAUCCCAACUUUUGAACUUCAGUGUUUUAUUAAAUUAUAGAACUACCAUUUUGUCAGGGUAAUAUAAAUAAAUGUGAACAAAUACUCCUUCAAAUAAUAAGAGGGCUAACUAUCACGGUAUAACUUAACACAGGUGAAUAUUUUAUUAUAACUGAACAUAUACAUAAUUUUGAAAAAGAAAAUUCUUUGAGCAGUUAAAAACUUUUUUCUCCCCAGAAUUAAAGAUUAUACUUCUUUUUUGCUCUUAAUCUUAUUCUGGAUCAUGUUAAAGCUUUGCAAAAUUCUUCUGAAUAGUACAUUUGAAUGACAGAAAUGGGUAAAUAACUUUUUAUUUACUAAAAUGUUUUUGAAACAUAAACUCACAUAGUUUUUGGUUUAAUUUAGAAAAAUUGGGCAAAAUUUUUUAACUGAAAAUAAGAAAGAGAACUUAUGCAGAUUUUCUUCUUUCAGAAAUUAUUUUAUUCCAAAAUAAAGACAAGUUGGCAGUAUAAGAAAAAAUUUUAUCACUUAUGUUAGAACACUGUAAAGCAUAUUCAAAGUACAUGAAAUAAUUUCUUUCAUAAAAAUGGGAUGUUUUAUAUGUAUUAGUAUUGCUGCAUCUUAGCUAUACACUAUGUAGGCAAAAUACCAUCACAUAUUAAUAUAAAUUCAAGGAUAAGCCUAUUAUUUUAGAAACUAAAUAUGUAUCUUGAGAUGAAUGUUUUAAAUAUUCUAGCUCUGUCACCUCUACCCUAAGUAUUUUACCUACAGCAUUUAAAUUCUUCUCACAUCAAUCAGAUAAAUCUGCAUCUAUUCUAUCUUCCUACAUUGUCUUUGAGUUAGGGAGAGACAAGAAAAAGAACCACAUUUCUAGAUCCUCCCUGCUUUAUCUCAAUAUAACAAUAUUUGGUUUUUAUUUUUGUUAACUAGAGUAAUAUAAUAAUAAAAAGGUUAUUUUUAUUUGUUUAGAAAGACUAUGGGAAAUGGUAACUAGUAACUAGGUAUUAUCCUGUCCCCUUAUCUGGAUAUUUAGGUGGCUGUGGUGAAUGUUCUCAAUAUUUAGCAUAGUUUAGUAUCGGUUAUUAGUUGUUUUUAGGCACUGAACUCUCAAAGUCAAAAUUAAUACCUGUUUUCGGCUGAAAACACUUAGAAUCAUCUUAGUAGUUUAGCACUUUAGCUUGGAGUCAGAGUACUGAAUUUAUUUUCAAAUUACUUAGAAUUCUACAUAGAUCAAGUAUUAUUCUACUCAUUGAAAAGCAUACCGUGGAAGCCCUUUAGAUGGAAUGGUCUGAAGGCUCACCUUCAGUACUCAGAGCUGAAAAUGACUCAGGAGGAGGUUCCGGAAGGUUUAUUUGAGGGUAAGUCCCAAGUUCUUUAAAAUAUUUUGUGUGUUUUACAAGGGAGUGAAAAGGGAAUGUUUAUAUUCCGGGAAACCUCUUAGGGCUCUUGGUCAUUGUGUUUUGCAUCUAUGAAUAGACUUAAUAUUCAGUGGCCACCAACUAUUCCUGCCUCCAGUACUGGUCUUCUGGCGGUGAGAAUACAGUACUUCAUUACAAAGCCAUUUGAUUACAGUCCAUAGAUGCCUAAAGACGUCCUACUUAAACAUAUAAUAGCCGAGACUUCCCAAGUUCAAAGUGUGAACAGAAGCAUAGACAAACUGAAGAUGUAAAUCGUGUUGCUAAGGAAUUAAAGAAUUUGUAAGGCCUAAGAGAAUUCCUGUAACGGAAACCCCAAAGGGUGUAAGUAUUUCUAUGGAAGAGAAAGGAGGAGGUCAAAUAAAUAAGGCAAUACUUCGGCAAACUUUGGAUAAUUUUUUUUGCUCCCUAUUUAUCUUUACUUAUUUUUUGUUAUUUUUAUCAUAGAUUUUAACCAAUCUAUGUGCUGAAAAGAGUCAUAAGUGAAAUGGGAUGGAAGUUUUAUUUCUUCAGGCUUUUUAAUGACUUUAGAGUACCAUUAUUGUGUUUAGGAUGUUGAUGUGUUUGUGCAACAUGAAUUUCACUUUUAAAAUAAACAUCUGAGGGGCACCUGGGUGGUGCAUUUGGUGGAGUGUCUGACUCUUGGUUUUGGAUCUUAGUGUUGUGAGAUCGAGCCCCGUGUUGGGCUCCACGCUCAGUGCAGGGCCUGCUUGGGAGACUCUCCGUUUCCCUCUCAAAUAAAUAAAUCUUUAAAAAAUAAUAAAAUAAACAUUUAAAAAAUUAGUAGAUAUAUUUUUGGACCUUUGUAAUUUCUUAAGAAAAGCCAUGUAUGUGUCUGUGUCUACAAUCUGUCUGCCUUAGCCUAGGUUGCUAUACCAGAAUAUCAUAGACUGGGUGGCUAAAACAACAAACUUUUCUCAUAGUUCUGUAGUAUGAUAAGUCCCACCAUUGAGGUGCCAGCAGAUUUGAUGUCUAGUGAGAGCCUUCUUUCUGGUUUGCAGACAGCUGACUUCUUGCUGUGUCUCCACUUGGGGAGGAGAGAGAUCAUCUUUCCUCAGUCUCUUUUAUAAGGGCACUAAUCCUGUUCAUGAGGGCUACACCCUUGUGACCUAAUUACCCUCCAAAGGGCUCCACUUGCAAAUUCCAUUACAUUGGGGAUUAGGGCUUUAAUGUAUGAAUUUGGGAAGACACAUAUUCAGUCUAUAGCAGUGUGUAAAAUAGCAGGUUGUACAUUCUCAACUUAGAUGUGACAUAACUACCAUUGUUUCUUUAAUUAAAAUUAGAAAGUGAAGUGAAGGAAGCAGAAUUCAUUUUGCUCUUUCCUUAAAUUCAUCUCUUAGGAUUAAUGUGCUGGUUGUGUCUGUUUGGUACAUUAGUGAUGGGUAGAGACUGUUAAGCCCUGCAGAUAUUUGCAGGGCAAGGAAACAGGGGUCUGAAUUUGGGCCAGCUGGAUAGCUGAAUCUUAGCGACUAUUGCAGCAAAGCUAGGCCUGGUGAACUUUUUCACCAGGGGAACUUUUCUGAAACUUGACUAAAUGUAUUAAUCAAGAAGACCUGUGAACAGAUUUGGAAGUAAGAUGGUCUUUGAAGUCCAUGAUAAGACAUUUAGAACCGUGAUUGACGUUUAACAAAAUACUAAAUUGUAAUGAAUCCAAUCAGAAAUUUAUAGAUGGAAGGUAUCUUCUAAUGCUUUUUAAAUAAUUUUAGAUUUUCUAAAGAGUGCUUUCUAGCUUAGAGAACCACAUGAAUAUUUUUCAUCCAGGCUACUAAGCAUAAUUUCAGGGAGUUACAGUUUUAGGCUUUUUAUCUAGAUGUGUGAUGAACCUUUUGUGCUCAGAAGAGGUAUCCUCAGAGACAGUUACAGAACAUGUUUUAUUUUGUCAAGAAUAACUAGUCCAGCACUGCUCACCUCUUCCCUCCUUUUCCCCCUCCCUCCAAUUGCAGGGGUACAUAUUGAGCUUUCUGUUAAAUGCUCUUUGUGAGCAGCGUUUACAACCAAGGAUGUAAGCAAGGAUGUGUGUUAAAGGAGUGAGCAUAAUUCCUUAUAACUUCAGUGUCCAAGUCAGUACUGUCCAAUAGGAUUGUGUUGCUGGAUACAUUGUAUCUCCACUGUCCAAUAUGGUAGCCCAAGUGGCUACCGAAUAUUUCAAAUGUGGCUAGUGAUACAAAGGAACAGAGUUUUAAAUCUUACUUAAUUUUAUACUUUAAAUUUUAAAAGCUACACGUGGCCAAUGGUGGUCUAUCUAACUGUGAAGAGAAUAAAAUUAGCGUAUAUUUAGUCUGAUAAUGUAUCAGUAAACUUUGAAAUCAUGUCUGUGAGUUCUUGUGAUAAACUUUUAUGGAUAUAAUUUAAGUAUAUACAAAUAUUGGUGUAAUUUUAUUGAUUAAAUCAUUGUCGAUUUCUCUUUUUCA